AGAGAGAGAGAGAGAGAAAUUAUUUUUCCAUAGACUUUGGAAUGUGUUUGACUAGAUUCUUCGAUCUAAAUAAAGUAGUGCAUGUGUGUGUAUGUGUGUGUGUGGAUCAUGCUCGUUGAUGAUUAUGAUGAUGGAAACGAAAAAAAGAAUAAUGUCUGUGUAUAUAUUGGGUUUGUAUUUGUGUGAGUACAGAUUGUGAAUCAAUAACAAGAAGACUUACUUACACUCAAAAAAAAAAAAAAAAACAAUUCAACAGAAAACAAACGAAACCCGAGAACCAAAUGUCGAGAAAAGGUCUCUCUUUCUCUCUUAUUUGAUCGACGGCUUUAUGAAAAUGAAAAGGUAAAAAAAACGAUACUAUAUUGUGUUUUCUCUGUAUACUUGGUGGUGGGAAUCGAAUGGUGGUGGGUGUUUCACCAAAAAAUCUCUGUCCUUGUCUUUUUUUUUGGAUUCAUUAUAAUUGUAAUGUAACUUUUGAAUCAAAAAAAAAGAAUCUGUUUUUUUUCUGUCUUUGUCAUUGUUACCAUUUUUUUUUGGUCAUUGGCUCUACGUGAUCCAUCAAAAUUUGGCUGUUCAUUUUUUUUUCAUUUUCUUUUUUUAGUUCAUUCAUUAUCAAUUUCAUUUUUUUGUUGUUUGGACCCCGUUAUAUUUGGAUUUGUAAAUGAACAUAGUAAUAUAUAACACAUUGUAUUGUCCAAUAUUGUGUGAUUUUCGUAAUGAUCAAAAAUAUGUAUGUGUAGCGAAAUGACUUCUUCACUGCACAAAUUUCAACGACAAUCGUUGCUGAAUGCACGCGAGCCUAUCGCUUUACGAUAGAAUUCUUUAAUGUCCAUUACACCAAGUUAACUGGUUUUUUAGCGGUUAUGUUGUAAAAUUAUCAUCAAUAAAAUAUUGAUUAAAAUGUUUGCCAAACAAUCAUCAAUGCCAUCGACAUUAAAAGCCUCAUUAUUAUUAUUAUUGCUUUUACAAUUGAAUUUCUGCUAUUUAAAUGCCAUUGAUUGUUUCAGAUGUACAUCGUUUGGUGGUGCCAAUCAAUGGUGUGAAGAUCCAUUCCAUAAUAAUUAUUCAUCCACUAUUCUACAAUCACCAUGUUGGACUGGACGAAAAGGUCGUGAUGGACUUUAUCCAGCAACCGCUUGUAUCAAAUUGAAUGGUCGUUUCGAGGAUAAUGGUGAAACAAUGAUUGUUCGAGAUUGUGCAUUGGAUUCCGGUUCAUUGACAACAGAUACUGAACUUGUCCGAAUGUCACAUUGUGGUGGAUUUUAUUUCGACAAUCGUUAUGUCAAAGGAUGUGUUCAAUCAUGUUCCGAGAAUGCCUGCAAUCAGGCCAGCAGUUUAUGCAGACAAAUCAACUAUACAAUAUUGUUUACCUUGUUUUUAUCAUUUGUGUUGCAAAAUCCAAUUUCUUCAAUCAAUAUGGAAAUAUAAAUCUUUUUUUCCAAUCUUAUCUUAUCCUAGGAAUGAAGAGGAUUAAUCAA